AUGUCCUACCCUUCUUGGUUGGCAGGCGACUUCCUGGUCGAGUCUUUCCGCGAGUUGCAUGGGUCGAACCAGUGGCGGGCCAACAAAGAGCUUAGUUCCAGACGUAUAGCAGUGCCUGCUCCGCCCUUGCAGUCUCUGCUGGAUGUCAGACAAACUCUCGCAUCUUUCCGCCAGAUGCUGCAGGAACAGAGCCCCGAUCGUGCAGAUCUUCUCUUUCAGGUAGACACGCAGAUCUUACAAGUGGAUGAACUCCAUCGGUCUUUGACUUCAGACACACAUACUUUCCAGCACCGCUCUAGUGUUACAGAGGCAGGCAAGGCAGCUAAGCGAGGUCGCAAGCAGGAGUACUCGACAAAAGCAAUUGUUACUGCAGUCCAGGCGUGCACGCUUUUGCGUGACUCGGCAGACUUGGAAAAGCAAAUGCGGCACUCGCUGCAACUGUUGCUGCCCAAUCAGUCGACAGAGCUCAGCGCUGCCAUAGAUCGUGGUCUGAUAAAGGCACCCGGUCCUUCCCAGAUCAGCCGUUGGCGCCUUGCUGUCGAUGUUGGGUUCAUGUUUGUGAUGCGAUCCUUGUUUAGGGAGACUCGCGGCCGCGCUGUACGUUGUUUCUUGGUGGAUAGCAGCCCCCAACGGGGUUUUGACUGGGUCCUCAGUGAGGCGCACAGCCUGUCGCCCAGUGAUUUCUCGCAGUGGGUCCAGAACCAAUGGCGCAUGAUCGAGACACGUUCCCAUUUUCAGCGUUUGACUGUUGCCUGUGAGUCUGCUGCUGGCCGUGCGCAGGACCAUGACUUGCUUGAUUUGCAGGAGCAGCUUCGCCAAGUUCAGCAGGGGCGUGAAGAUGUGCAGCGCAUUUUGGAUUCUCUGGGCAGCGUGCGGCAUCCUACAGUAGACAUACACCUCUGCCCACCGUCAGCCCAGGGCAGUCAGCGAGCUCAGUUGGUCCACAAAGUCCAUGCGCUUCUCCACACCCUUAGAUUAGAAGUGGGCGAGUGGCAUGAAGUUGCUGAAUAUCUUUCCACUGUGCGUGCCGUCACGACAGACUUUGGCACAGAGUCAGGAUUGUGUGAUGUGGAGAAUGUUGACAUCUCGUUGCUGUUUCCGUGGGCGCAAAACGCACUUGAUUUUGAAAGGGCCCCGGCCCCGGCCUGCGAAGAUGAGGACGUGGCUCUGCAGGGGAACGCGUGUCUUGUCAACGGCACUCCUUUCCUGCAGGUUCGCGAGGGCAAAAUUGUAAUGCCGAAACUUUUUCCAUUGGCUGUGCAGGUUCCUGGUGCCUUGCAUAUCUUGCACCACUCUGUCGAGGAAUUGACUUCCGCCUUUGAUGCUUACGAAUCCUGGUUCCUGCCCGGCCUUAAAGCUGUCAACAAGGUUUUUUCCAAGAAGCAUGUUCGUGAGCGUUUCAUUGCAGAAAUUUUGCGUGGCAGUGAAGCCAGUUCAUUUGAGACAGCUGUGCAGCAGUUGCAACUCAAUCUGCAUGAGGCCCGAUGGGGCACCUUAAUCACGACAUGCAAGGAACUGCUGUCCAUUCGUUUGGUUUUCGUGUAUUGGGACUUGUCAAAGGUUCUGGGUGGUGCACCUGGCCCGGAUGCCACAGACGAAGACAGGGAUUCGUUUGCAGAUGGUUCCAAGAUGUCGGAGGCUGUGAGCAGCCCCUGCUGGUGGGAAUACUUGUGCAUGAUCAUACGCCUGGGUCGUGUUGUAGAUCACUUGGAGCAUUGGUUUGAGGCCUGCCCCUGUCACUAUCGCACCGUGCCAGAAUCAGCCUCGCUUUCAGGCAACACCAUCUUUCGCACCCGCUACUCCUGCCCUUUAGCAGGGCGCAGGGCGCCUGAACUCGCUGCAGGGGCAUUGGACGACGUUGUUCAGCAAACCUUGCAGACGCAGCAUGCUGAGCUUCUCAUGGCGUGUUCGUCGUUGCCUUCAGAAGACCGGGACACUGUACUGAAGGAUUAUGCAUCGGCACAGGCUAAGUUGGAGAACUAUUUGGCCAUCAAGUUUGCUUUUUGGAAAGCCUUGCCUCACUGUCUUCUUGUAUUGGGUCAUCACAGUGAGCAUGUAGCGCGUUCCUCUUUGACGCAGGCAAAGCAGCUAUACGAUGAGCGUCGGGACAGUGACAAACACCAUGCUCUGACGAAGCAUUUUUUUGAAAGUGAUUUCUCUGUGCAGCUCGAUGCCUUCUUGUCUGGUUCCACUUCCCGCUGUGAUUCUUGUGAUUUAGCCAGGGAAGCAGCUGCGGCUGCUUUUGUAUCCUGUGUCGAAAGGAGCAUUGAGGCCAGGCAUGCAUUGCUCAAGGCCAAGACUGCGUUGAUGAAGAAAAUGUUGCCAUCCACCUUUUCUGUGGCUGUCCGCUCGCAUGAGUUCAACAGGAGAUGCUUUCAAGACCUGCCUUUGCUUGAAGAAUGGCAGCGACAUGUCAAAAGGCUGAAGGUCAACCCUCGCAAAGGCCUGCCACAUGUGCUGCUGCAUUUGGGCAUGUCCUGUCACCCAGAUGUCGUGAGACUUGCGAGCUUGGACAGCAAAGUCAAGCUUCGGCACGCUUCAAACAUUGUGUACCAUUGUGACCUUGAGACUCAGUAUGACAAGCGUGCUGAAGCAGCCAGGGCAUUGAAACAGCCGCAGUACCGGAGCAAUCCUGACGCCGCGCCCAAGCUGCGCCAACUUGUUUCUCAGCAAGCCACUGAAGAAGAGAAACAAUCUAUGAUGCUGCGCAUUCUGAUGCAGGAACAUUUCCGUCGUCACUGUCAGGAAGGUCAGAUCUACUCUGUCACUGGCACGUUGCCGCCUACACGCUCCGUGCUGCAAGCUUUGCUGCCACGUGCGGACGCAAGCGCAGCCGUAGCCGAACAUGUGCCUCAGCAGAUGUUCUCGGCGCCCGAUCCAGAACCUCAUGUCUUGCAAGUUGGCCAACCCGAGCCCCGUGACGACUUGAAUCCCCUGGCCAUGGCCGAAAUCGCAGAACCCAAUGAGCCCACCGUCUUCGUGCAGGCAGGGCAUAGAGCUGGAGAUGCCUAUGCCAAGCAGAUGGGCCACUUAGAUGUUGCUGUGGCCGUGCGUGUUUCCCAGCCUGGUGGCACACUCCAGAGCGCUCUUGUGGAUCUGCUGCCUGAAAGAGGUCCAGAUGGCAGGUUGGGCCUCAGGUUCUUUGAUGCGCCGAAGGUAACCAGCAUAGCAGAAGCCACGCAGUGUGUCAGUUUGUGGACUCAAGGCUCUACAGGUGCUCAGUUCUCCCCCAAAUUCCUGCCCGGGUUUCCUGAAUAUGUCCGUGGCCCUGCCGGAGAGUUGGUGUCCCACAUGGCUCGAAUGGGUGCAAUUUCUGGAAGCAUGAAUGAGCAUGCCAUGCACAUCAGUCAUGACGAGGAGGGUGCCGCAAGCAACCUUGAAUCUUUGGAGUGCCUCCAGAAUGCUGGCUUGGCCACUGCCACGUUCUGUGACUCUAAUCAAUCCGCGUGGUUGCUGAGCGCAGAAGCUUUGCAACAUUGCCACUUGAGUAUGCGCUUGUCCAGCCCAGUUUCAGUGUUUGCUGUCCCAGACGGGCAGCCUGCCCUGUCGUGGACAAGGAUGGAGCUGCUUUCGUACCUGGACAGGCAACAUUGGCGCUGCAACUUCUUGUCGGAUGACCCCGAUGCCCGAGGCGCCGUGGUGCCGUUGGACUUGACUUUCCGUACUUCGGACGACAAGAACGUGUACGUGCUCAAGGGAAAGCUCUUGCAUCGGUACUUGUGUUGCCUGGCGUAUGCAGAUGCUGAGUUGCCGCUGCCUGGGCAGCCGGAGGAAAUCCGGCACUUUGAGAACGAUACCUACUACGGAAAGAUACUCGGCCUGGAUGCUUGCGCUGGCACUAAGCCACUUCCUCUGACAGACGGUGCCGCUGUGCCACGAGCAGCUUUUGCAGAGCCACAACAUUGUGUCAAUGACUUUGAUGAACUUCCUGAGCUGGAUGCAGGGCGCCAGGAUUCUGUACAGGAGGAGGCUGAGGCUGAGGCGAUUGAGGAGGCCUUGGAUCUCUUGGAGGAUGCUGAUUCUGGUUCCCCGGUGGGUGGCAUAGAUUGGUCCAACGUGGACCUGUCUGAUCUGAAUCUGCCGGCUCCUGAUGAAGCAGUCUCGCCUUGUAGCAGCGGAAGUUCCAGCAGCAGUUCCAGUUCCAGUACCAGCAGUAGCAGUAGCACUUCUGGAAACUCGGAUUCAGACAGUGGAGGCAAACCCGCGGCAGUGCCUCACGAUGACGCGCCAGUUCCUGACAGAAAGAGGGAGGCAGACUCAUCGCAUCCUGAUGCGCCGGCUACUGUCAGACGGCGCCGCGACGAGACCUUCGAAUGGAGGGGGUUCCGCUUCACUUUCAGGCCUGGCUCUGGCACGAAGAAGCCCUCUUAUAUGGUGCUUUGUCGAUUCCAUUCGCGGGCCUAUAACGAAACCAAGUGCACACGGACUUGCGGUUGGUCUCAGCCGGAGGAUCGUGACACUGCCAUCCGAAAGCUGAAGACAUGGUGCGUUCGAGCUCCUGAUUUCGCUUUCGCUGGCAGCAACCCUGAUAGGGCCCCACAUCAGUCGCAUGACAAAAGAGGCCUCGUUAUCAUGACUGAUGCAGAAUUGGACGCAGCACCACUGCCGGCGCUGCCGGCUCCAACCGACUGA